AUGAAUACUUUAAAUUUAGUUUAUAUUUGUUCUUUAGCUAUAUUGUUUUGUGGGGGAUGAUCUUUUGUUUCUAACCGAAAACAUUUAUUAAAUACUUUGCUUAGAUUAGAAUUUGUAAUAUUAAGGGUAUUUUGGAUUAUAGUUUUAUAUAUUAUAAGAGUAGGUAUUGAGAUAUAUUUUGUAUUAUUUUUUUUAACUUUAGGAGUUUGUGAAGGGGCAUUAGGGUUAUCUUUAUUAAUUUCUAUUGUAUGUUCUCAUGGUAAUGAUUAUUUUGGUAGAUUUAAUGUAGUGUAA